AUGCCCAGAGCCGCAACGGACAGGGGGGCAAGGGUUUCGCGCUGCCCACCCCAGUCAGUCCCUGGUAUGGUGUCCAUCAUGGUCCGAGGCGAGCUUACUUACGGCCACGACAAGUACAUGUACUUGCCUUUUCCCGUCCUUCUUACGCCUUGA